CCACUGCUCAGGAAGUGGCAACAGAACGAGAAAACGUAGUGAAAGCAGAACUGUCUGGUACCCAGCAAUCGCACACGCUGAACACUGUGAGCGGCACCAUGAACUGCUCAUUCGAAGAAGUGGACCACCUGAUGAUGUAUUUGGAGUUGGUCAUUUACAUGCCCACAUUCUUUUUCGGUUUGAUUCUCAACAUUACAGCACUGUCAGUGUUCUGUUGCUUUCUACGAAAGUGGACAGAGUCCACAAUCUACAUGGCCAACUUGGCCGUGAUGGACCUGAUCCUUCUGGCGCCCUUACCCUUCAAAAUGCACGCCUCCAACCACUACUGGCCUGCACACCUUCACCUGCUCUGUUCCGUCUUGGAAAGCCUUUAUUUUGUUGGGAUAUACGGCAGCAUCUACACCAUCAUGUGCAUCAGCGUGGAUCGAUGGCUCGCCAUCCGGCACCCGUUUAAGGCCAAACAGCUGCGCUCGCCCAAAGUGGCCCUGGGAACCUGCAUGGCGGUCUGGGUGCUGGUGUUGGCGGCGAUCUCCCCAACCAUUUAUCGGUUCCGGGAGGUGGGGCAAGAAGACUUUCACUGCUUCCACAGGUUUUCAGAGAAAGGCUGGAACCCAACGGUCAUCAUCUCUCUGGAGGUGUUUGGGUUCUUGGGGCCGGCGCUGGUGCUGGUUUGCUGUUCGGUCCAGACCAUCUUGGUGCUGCAGCAGUCCGGCCAGAACAGUCCCAAGAGCCGGGCCUGUGUGAAGAUUAUUUACAGCAGUCUAGCUGCCUUUCUGAUACCCUUCACCCCCAGCCACAUUGCCAUCCUGCUGCAGUUCCUGGUGCACCAAGGAUGGAUUCAAGACUGUGACUCAAGGACCAGGAUCAGCCUGUUCAUACAGGUAGCAAUGUGCCUGUCCAACAUCACCUGCUGCCUCGACGCUCUGUGUUACUACUUCAUAGCCCAUGAGGUGAGGAGCACCAAAAACACCUUCAGGUUUUCAAAGAACAACAACCGACGGGCCACCUUCAGCACGUCAGAGGUCUGAGCAUGGAGGGUGACACUAACAAUGAUCAUAAAACUAAAAAGUACAGACAAAGUGCUGAUCUGAGUUUUGGACAAGCGACAGGAUGCCAGCAGGUUUUGGUGCAACCACAGAUUCAACACAGCAGCUGUGAUGCCCAGAAGGUAGAGAAAUCCACCGAUAAACCACAUCGCUGCACAUUUCCGAGAGCUUUAGGGUGCGUUGGUAUUCAGAAUUCAUGCUGUGAUUCAUUCUACAACAGCAGUGAGGAGGA